GCCACCAGCUACUAGCUAGCGGUCCGGUCUCCUCUCCGUGAGCUGAAGUGCAGCGCUAGUGAACAAAUCAUUCUAUCUUGUUGCCGAGAAAACAAUCGGAAGAGAGAUCGAUCAUGGCAGGUCGAUUGAGCACCGUCGCAUCGAGGAUCAUGGGCGGGAACGGCGUCGUUUCCCGCUCCGUCGCCUCCUCUCUCCGCCUCAGAUCCGGCAUGGGCCUCCCCGUCGGCAAGCACAUCGUCCCCGACAAGCCUGUGCCGGUGAAUGAUGAGCUGGUCUGGGACAACGGCACUCCAUUCCCGGAACCCUGUAUUGACAGGAUUGCCGAUACCGUCGGCAAGUAUGAAGCAUUGGCUUGGCUCUGUAGCGGUUUGGGCUUUUUCGCAUCGUUGGGGCUUUUGGCCGUGUGGAACGAUAAGGCCUCGAAGAUACCAUUUACACCUAAAGCAUACCCAUAUGACAACUUGCGGGUUGAGCUUGGCGGGGAGCCAUAGGUAGAUUUUGAUGCCAUUGAUCUCAACCCUCUGUCACUUCAUGUGAGAGCUGUCCUGUUCACCUCUUUUCUUUGAAAUUGGAACUGUCAAAACUGAUGACAAUGUUCAAAUGUUGCAUAGUCGAGACCUUGCAAAAUAAUUCUGUAAUAAAGUUGCACUAGAUUUUGUUCACCGAUUGUGCUUAUUUACUGUAUCUGCUGGGAAAUGCAGGGACAUGCAUUGAACAUUUAUCUAUGCUUGUGUUGUUUGUUUAUA